AUACUACAAUAUAAAAUUCUAUGGUUUAUGUUUAUAACAUAACCUGAUUUUAACUUUAAUAUGUUUAAUAUAUAAUUGAGAAUUGUGAAGAAUUAGCGAUUAUAAUAAAAAUGUCUACUAAAAGUGAUAAAAACAUAGUUGAUCUUUUUCGAGAUAAAAAGAUGGUGAAAAUAUGUGCUCCUAUGGUACGUUACAGCAAACUUCAAUUCAGAAACUUGGUAAAACUUUAUGAUUGUGACUUAACGUUUACUCCAAUGAUCUUAGCAGAUUCAUUUUGUCAAAGUGAGAAAGCUAGAAGAAACGAGUUCAAGACAAAUUCAUUGGAUGAUCCACUAGUGAUACAAUUUGCAGCUAAUACAGUGCAUGAUUUUGUUGGUGCAGCUUAUUUGGCAGCACCUUAUUGCAAUGGAGUAGAUUUGAAUUGUGGUUGUCCCCAAAAAUGGGCCAAAGACCAAGAAUUGGGAUGUGAAAUUUUGAAAAAACCGGAAUUACUUUAUGACAUUGUUAGACAGUGUAGAAACCGCAUUCCAAAACCCUUUUCAGUUAGUGUUAAAAUGAGACUCUUAUAUGAUAUUAAAGAAACUGUUGAGAUAUGUAGGCAAUUAGAAAAAUGUGAUGUGAGUUUCUUAACAGUUCAUGCCCGCUAUCCUCAACAGAGUGUAGGAGAAAUCAAUAGAGAUGCUUUACGACUGAUAAGAGAAAACUGUGAUAAGCCCGUAGUAGGUAAUGGUGGUAUAACAACAUUAGAAGAUUGCUUCAAAUUACAUGAGUACACAGGAUGUAGUGGUGUUAUGGUUGCUAAUGGGAUAUUAACAAACCCAACAUUGUUUGCUAAUAAUCCCCUUACAACAAUAGAUUGUGUACAAAACUGGUUAGAUAUUUGUUAUAAUAGUACCAUAACAUUGGACAAGUAUGCCAAAGAACAGGAACAUCCAAGUUGUACUAUUCCAGAAAGACCUCCAAACCUUAUAUUUCAGUGUUUUCAUCAUCAUUUAGUUUUUAUGUUGGAAAAGUUGCUACCAAGAAAGAAAAGACAGUAUUUCAAUAAUUUGAAAACAUUUAGUUCUGUUUUACAAUUUUUAGAUGAUACUUUUUGUAUUAGACCAAGAUUAUUUGAACCCGAAAAAUUUUUAAAAUAUCUUACUUUAAAUUUGGAUUAUAGUGAUAGACAUAGUAUGUAUGAAAACUUAAAACCUAACAAUUUACAUAUUGAAGAUGUGUUUAGUAUAUAUGACCCUCAGAACACAGAUGGGAAAUACUUUUCAACAAAAACUAAGUCUGAAAAUUGUGAUUGGUCAGACAUAUUCCUUGAAAAUGGGUAACUCACAUUGAAUAAGGAAUUUAAUUGAUUCAUUUGAUUGAUUAGUUGAAAUAAAUUUAGUAGGGAAGUCUCAUUAAUUCUGACAAAUCAUAUCUCUUUCUAAGUAUCAUUACUACCAAUUUUUUAAAUUUUGCAAAUUAUAUUCCAUGCAAAAAUUCUAUGGUUGAAUUGUGAUUGUAAUAAUAAUAGAUAAUGUAGCUUUUCUUCAAAUUCCUUUUAUAUUAUUUUUACUGUGAAAACUCGUUAAUCCGGAUUAUCAAAUAAAUAUAGAUACCUUUAAAUGAUGAUUAGCAAAUAUUUCAACUUUAAGACUAAAUAAUAUCUUUUUUCAUGUUAUUCAUGAUUAGGGUUUUAAUAUUAAAGUCAUUUAAACAGUGCCAAUUUCUCUAUAAAUAUUAAUUAUCUUUAAUUUUUUACUUUACUUUAGGUCUUUUCUAUGAAAAUCAGUUGAAAAUAAAAUACUGGGUAAUAGAUUUGAGGCAGUAUCAAUGUAUUACAAGAACUACAAAACCGACAAAAGACUUCGGAACAAAAAGUGUCAAAUAACACAUGUUAUUUUAAAUUAAUUUUUCAUAGAAAAUACAUAAAAUCAAGAAAAAUCAUCACGAAUAUUAUAUAUUAAUUUUUAUUGAUAUCAUCGAUUUUCAUAAUUACCUAGAUAUAUGUAAUUAUGCAAUAUUGAUUACAUAAAAAUAUCUCUUUUUUCAUAAAUUUAAUUAUCCCAGCAGUUGAAGAAAACAGAUCGCUCGUACUGUGAACCUCUGUUGAAAUAAGUCACAGAAAAUCAUGUUGCAAUUUUAUGCCAUCAAAUUUUAUGUAAAGCUGGUAAAACAGGCAAAGAAACCUCCAAUAUAUUUAAGAUCUACGGUAAUGCUUCCAUGGCUAGAUCGGGUGUUUUUGAGUGGUACAAGUUAAUCCAAGAAGGUGGGAAAAGAGUGGAAAACGACGACCGGCCUGGACGCCCCUUUACCAGCAAGAUCAACGAAAAUGUGUGUGUGAGUGACAAAUUUAUUCAAUAGUGGUCGUAGGAUGAGUAUUAGAAUAAAUGCUAAAAAAUUGAGUAUUUAUCAAACCCAAGUUUUUGGGAUCGUGACAGUUAAAUUAAUGAAGUUGGUGCCAAGUGUCGAGAGUAAAAGGCUAACUUGCAAGUGAUCUCCCAGGAUCUUUUUGACAAAUAAAUGUUGAGCUACAAAAACUGGUACAGAAUUUUUCUUUUUAUACACUUAUGAUAUCUAUCCCUUGCUACUGUGAAACUAACAAAUGAACAAUGGACAAUUAUCAUUUUCUUGCACAAAAUUUGCACUAAUUAAGAUAUUUUAUUAUGUAAUUAUGUUUCAGAUGUGUCCUAAGAAAUCAUACCGGAGAUAUAACAAAAACAAAUAUUUCAUUUCUCAUCAAACGCUUAACUUGAUUGGUGUGAGAAAAGCCCUAGAAUUUAUUUCACUUCAUGAAUCAGUCUUUAAUAUUGGUGAAAACCAUAUGAAAAUCUGUUCAGUAGUUUUUGAGUUUAAUAUGCAUAAGUUUAAAAGGUUGGGGUUAAAGUUCUACCUUACUUUUAUUUUAUAGUCAGACCACUGCUUUUAGGACCCAUCUGAGGCCUUAGAAUAGUCCUCAAAGCAGUCCAAAAUACUUAGAGAAAAGUCAAUAUCCAAUAAUUGAAUAAUGUAAUGUAACCAAUUAUUUGAUAGCAAAUGUAUUUGAUGAUCGAAAAAUCAAAUUUCCACUUCAAUAAAUAUUCUUAUUGGAAAUUUUAUAGUUGAAUAGUUGAUGCAAAAGUUCGUCAAGUUUUAAUUAUAAUGAAUAAUGCAGUUUUUCUUGGAAUAACUUCUAAUUUUAUAUACUGAACAUACUGCUUACUAUCAAUAUCCACUACUUACAAUUAGUGUAGUUGCGAAUGUUGGUGUAGUGUGUUCGACACAUCAAUAUAUUCUCAAAAUAAAAAGGGCAUGCAAAAUAUGAAAAUUUGUUGAAUGGACUAGAUUAACUUGCACCUUCUGUUAUCAAUACUAUUUUUUUAAUCAAUGAAAGACAUAA